AACACACAGAUAGCAUUACUUCGCGUUCAUCACAUCAGCUACACUGUCGUUCUACAAAACAGAUGCCUUCGUGACCAGGGCUCCUUUAACAUAGACAGAAGGUCUCUCCUGCACCGUUGUGAAAUUUUUCUUCAAGCGCGACCGAUUUUGAAUGCCUGAUGACGUAAUUGUGCGGGGAGUUGACGAAAGAUGGGAAACCGGAUCAUAAAAGGGAAGAACGGUAAAAUGGACUUCGUGUGGCCUCAAAAUCGACCCUAUACAACGAGAAAAAAUCCUAUAUCGAAUGAAUAUGAUAUCACUCAGAAAUCACUUGGUGUUGGGAUAAACGGAAAAGUUCUAGAAUGUAUCAGAAAGAGCGACAGGCAAAGAUUCGCUUUGAAGGUGUUGAAAUGUACGCCUAAAUCACAAAGAGAAUUAGACCUUCAUUGGAAGGCUUGUGAAUGUCCAUUUAUUGUGAAGAUAAUAGAUGUGUAUGAAAACAAAUUUGGGAGGGAUGAUUGUCUUCUUAUUGUGAUGGAAUGCAUGGAUGGUGGAGAGUUAUUUGAAAGAAUACAACAGCAUGGAGAUACACCAUUUACAGAAAGAGAAGCUGCAGCCAUUGUAAGAAUGAUUGCAUUAGCAGUUGCUCACCUUCAUGCAAUGAAUAUUGCUCAUAGAGACUUAAAGCCGGAGAAUCUUUUGUUUGCCAGAAAAGCCGAUGAGACUUUGCUGAAGCUAACAGAUUUUGGAUUUGCCAAAGAAACACUCAGCGUUUCACUCCAAACACCCUGCUAUACACCCUACUAUGUUGCUCCGGAGGUCCUUGGGCCUGAGAAGUACGAUAAGUCAUGUGAUAUGUGGUCCCUUGGUGUGAUAACAUAUAUUUUGCUAUGUGGAUAUCCACCAUUUUACAGCAACCAUGGUGCCGCGAUAUCUCCUGGCAUGAAAAAACGAAUAAGAGAGGGUCAAUAUGCAUUCCCUGACACAGAAUGGAAAAAUGUGUCUGAUCAUGCAAAAGACUUGAUCAAAGGACUGUUAAAAACGGAUCCAAGUGAACGAUUAACAAUAAAUCAAGUUAUGAAUCAUCCAUGGAUUAGGCGUUACACAGAAGUUCCUCAAACACCCCUCUAUACGGCAAGCAUACUUAAUGAAGAUGCCGAUAUAAUGGAAGAAACAAAGGAGGAAAUUACCCAUGCACUGGCUACUAUGAGGGUCGAUUUUCAAGAGCAGAUGCGGCUGAAAGACGUCAAAAUGUCAUCAAAUCCACUUCUCAACAAACGACUCAAUAAGAAGAAAUAGACACAUGAAACUAAUUUUUGUUCAGUAACUUUCUACGGAUUGUAAAUCAGUGCCUUGAAAGUAAAUUCUAUGCAAUUAGUAGCAGCAAUUACUCAAACUUUUCUUAGAUUUUCAUACCUCUAUUAUUAUAUCUACAUGUAUUAGAACUUUUUGAAUAUGAUUUCCUAUUUUAAAAUGUA